UAUAAUAUCUCUGUCCGCUGACGGGGUCCGUUCGCAUCGGGUCUCUCUCUUGCAAUUGUGCACCUCUACAGCACCACUGCAAUACUAUCAUAUCGACCAUCUCACUGCUCUGAGCCAACCGACCCCCCAUGAUGAACACAAAUACCGCCUCCAGUUCAUCUGCUCGUGCGUACAAACGCGCUAGGAGCGCACACGAAUGCGCACAGGACAGUAGCCAGAACGCACACUCAACCCCUGAGGAACGUGCACACUCAUCUAGCAGAAAGAAACUGCCUCUCUCCUGUGCAGAGUUCUUUCCAUGUCAAUCAUGUUCGAAGCGUGGAUGUGCCGAAAUAUGCCCUGAUGGUGUAUUCAUUCUCGCGAACACUGAGCGACUCCACUCAAAGAUCAUACAGAUGAGCGAUCGCAUAAGGCAGCUGGAAGAGGCAUUGGGCAACCUCCAGGCAGAGCGUACCCAGGAGCCUCACCCUCUUUUGCAUCAAGACCUGUUGCGAAUCAAAAACUCACUCGAGCUUUAUAACCCUCAAGCGCCCACGUCGCGACUCUCCCACAUCGACUCUCUACAGCAUCCGCCCCCCAGUGACAGACGCCGACACUCUGUCCCAGACACUGGUAUUUCCCGGAAGUCAGAGGAGGAUGCAAGCUCGACAGGGGAUGCAAUGCUGGAUGACUCGAACCUUUGUCCAGAAAUUGAGAAACUCAGUCAAACGUUCCCUUAUCCCUCUCUUCCAAACAACCUCGUGCGCGAACGCAUCUAUCAGAUGCUGCCACCUCGCAAGGAGGCAGAGUAUCUGUGUACUCAGGCCCGUCUCAACGCCCUUUGGCAGUACAACCUAGAUCCGAGCGAGACGUGGCUCCCAAAUUUAGUCCACCACGUAUACACCACACCAGUCGAGGAGCUGUCAUUCCGUAGACUUUCUUUACUAUUCAUCAUGAUGGCGAUGGGCACCCUUGUCGACCUCAAUCAACGAAAUGAUUCUCCCAAGGCAGAACUCUACCAUCGCCUUGCCCGAGCCUCUCUUUGUGAGAUGAAUCUCAUGGAUGAGCCAAGUCUAGACCUCCUGCAGACAUUGUUUUAUAUGAUUUGGUACCUCUUAAUAUUCUCGGACAAAAGCCAAGCAGUGGCACAGGCAUGGAGUAUCAUGGGUCUUGCCGUAAAGUUAACGCAAAGCGUGAAUCGUGACAGUAACAAAGGGAAGGUCAUCCCAGAAGAGUCUCAACGCAGAAGGAUGCUUUUUUGGGAGCUUCUUAGCUUGGACGCGCGUUUGGCUCUCUCCCUUGGUCGACCCCCUUCAAUUUGCUUGGAACAUGUGGACUGCCGGCGCCCCUCCUAUUCCACCCCAGAAAUGCGUACUGUCGGUGGAUCUCAAUCAUACCACGAAUGGAAGCACGGGUUCUUCUAUCAUUGCUUAACGCCUGUGUUGAAUGCAGCGAUAUCUGCCCAACAUCCGCCUUACUCGAAGAUUCUUGAAGUGGAUCAGAGUGUUCGCAACUACCCUGUGCCUCCAACGCUCGACAUAUUCAAUCAAGAAUACACUUUAAGCAAUCGACAAUUGGGUAUGCAGCAAGUCCUCGUAUCCAGCGGUCGUGAAAUAGUCCUGCUCCAACUCCAUAGGAACUUCCUUACUGAGGCCCUUAACACUCAUGAUGCCUUUUGCUACCGACACAAACUGGCGCCGUCCGUCGUGGCGACCUACUUAAGUGCUACCCGCCUUAUCGCCACGUUGAAAAUCAUGGAAGAGCGAGAACCACAAUUGAGCAAGCGCUUCAUGUGUUUCUGGUUUAAUGCAUUCUCCGGAGCUGUUGCCCUGUCGCUUAUAGCGCCGUUGGCUCUUCAAGAACUCGGUACCAUUGCCGAGCAGUGUUCGAAAAUUGACCAAGCAUUGCCCCUCCUAAGAAAGAUUGUUGAGAAAGCCCGAAAAUCCUAUUUCCAAUGGCGGAGCGCGGCGGACGCAGGAGAAGAACCUCCACCACUGAGAGUUACUCGUAUAUUGUCGAAUGACGGAGAAACCUCAUUCGACGCCGCUCAUUCUGACCUACUGCGAUGUCUGCAAGACAUCGAAAGACGACCCUGUCCCUCCCUGCACGACUUCCCAACGUUUAUCUCGCGGACCCCACCUCCCUCAACUUCAUGCAGCGACCCUGACAUGCACUCUGAGCAGUCAACUGCCGGCGAGUUGUCGGCGAAUAUGUUGGCUCUUGAGCUUGGGCGCGAUGCGGACCUGGGUUCAGUGAAACAUAUACCUGAUUCCACGACGUCUGGGAACGGACCUCAGAGGGUAGGAAACCACACUUUUAACUUCGACUUUGGUGCCUUGGCUUCCAACGUAGAAAACCAGAGUAAUACAUACAUGUCAUGGUUCUGACGACGUACAUUCAAUCCCAUUGUAGACCACCUCGUAGCUCGUGUACCGUUGCUACUAAUAUUAAAUUGACGAAGCG